UAGGCUAUCUGCAGCAGCAGUCGUUCACAGGCAUCGCGCGAGCUUGCGCCGCAGCCUUCUCAGACACUUCCACUUAAAGCAGCGGAGCUCGAAGAUACAGGAGGAGGAUGCGGGUCUCCGGGCUUCUGUCAGGCGCUUUCGCUCUGCAUGUGCUCCUGACCGUGAGAUGCACGCCUUUGCAUGAGGGACGAGGACUCGUGAAGCACAACGAGCCUCCGGGUUUAUCGCAGAUUCAUCAUUCCCUCUCUGAAAAGAGGAGAGACAGGGUCCCCCACCCUCAGGACACCUUCAAACCUCAAGCAUGGCCAAAAGAUGAGCCACAGCUCAACACCCAGCUCAAGAACAGCCCCGGGGGUGCAGGUCCACUGCGCUGUGGCGUCCCAGACUACCCUGACCAGAGAGAGGUGCAUCUCAGCAGGCACCCCCGACAGAAACGCUUUGUGAUUUUUGGAGGACGCUGGCCAAAAACUGACCUCACUUACAAAAUCCAGCGUUUCCCAUGGCAGAUGAGGGAGGAUAAAGUAAAGCGGGUUUUACAGGAAGCUCUCAAGGUUUGGAGUGAUGUCACACCCCUCACCUUUACUGAGGUUAUCAGCCAAGAAGCCGACAUAGUCAUUGACUUUGCAAGGUACUGGCAUGGUGAUAAUUUGCCCUUUGAUGGCCCCGGUGGAAUCCUGGCUCAUGCUUUUUUCCCGAGAACACAUCGGGAGGGAGACAUUCAUUUUGACUAUGAUGAGUCCUGGACGGUUGGCAAUGAACUUGGAACUGAUCUUCUUCAGGUGGCAGCACAUGAGUUUGGUCAUGUCCUGGGUCUACAGCAUUCUCUGGAGCCUGGAGCCUUAAUGUCCCCAUUUUACAGCUUCUCUUAUCCUCUCCAGCUCAGUGAGGAUGACAAGAAAGGGAUUCAAUACCUCUAUGGCCCCCGGCUGCAAGCCUCGGUCCAAAUCCCUACAGAAACCAAUGAGAUUAUCACCAGUGCACCUGAUUCUUGUCACACAGACUUCGAUGCUGUGUCUGUAAUCCGUGGGGAAUUGUUCUUCUUCAAGGCCAGCUAUGCCUGGCGCAUCAGGGAGGGCCGUCUGCAGGCGGGAUACCCUGCCCUGGCCUCUCGACACUGGAGGGGCAUUCCAGAGAAUAUAGGCGCCGCCUAUGAAGACAAAAAGGGCAAUAUCUGGUUCUUUGAAGGCUUUGCCGUCUUCAUCAGCCGUCGGCAGUACUGGAGGUUUGACCCAGCUCAGCGUAAGGUUUUGGAAGGUUACCCACGCUACGUUGGUGCAGAUUUCUUUGGAUGUAGCAUGCCAUAA